GAGGCGGGGUGAGGCGGCGAAGAGGAAGCGGGGGGAGGCUCCCGGGCGGCGGCCUCGCUCGGCUCCAGCGAACAGCAGCGCCAGGCGGGGUCACGAACCCUGACCUUUCAACCGGCGCCCGCUCACCUUCCACCCCAAACAAAAACACCCGUCGCCAUUCUCCCCUCCCCCGCUCCCCCCGCCCGUUAACCCCCUCCGCGCCAACAGGCCCGGCCAGACCGUGACGACGACGCCCGCCGCCUCCUCCUUCGGGUGCCAAAGCUGAGGUUCUCUAAUGAUCUUCCUUCACCAUGACAACCAGUAUGGAGGUGCUGGCUCAGCAGAUAGUGGAGACACAGCAGGUGGGUGAGGUGCAAACUUUGCAGACAGCAUUAUCUGAAUCUCCAGUGAUGACCAGCCCUUCCCCACGCAUCCAGAUCAUUUCCACAGAUUCCUCAGUAACUUCACCACAACGCAUUCAGAUUGUCACAGAUCAGCAAACAGGGCAGAAAAUCCAAAUAGUAACAGCAGUGGACUCAUCAGUAUCUCCGAAGCAACAAUUUAUAUUGGCUAGCCCAGAUGGAACAGGGACAGGAAAAGUGAUAUUGGCUGCCCCUGAGACUUCAAAUACCAAGCAACUUAUAUUUACCACCACAGAUAACAUUGUGCCAGGCAGAAUACAGAUUGUGACUGACUCGGCCUCUGUUGAACGUUUGUUGGCUAAAACUGAUGUCCAGCGACCGCAAGUUGUAGAAUACUGUGUUGUGUGUGGAGACAAAGCAUCAGGUCGUCACUAUGGUGCUGUCAGUUGUGAGGGAUGCAAAGGCUUCUUUAAAAGGAGUGUGAGGAAAAAUCUGACCUAUAGUUGCCGUAGCAACCAAGACUGUAUCAUCAAUAAACACCAUCGAAACCGUUGCCAGUUUUGCCGGCUAAAAAAAUGUCUCGAGAUGGGAAUGAAAAUGGAAUCUGUACAGAGUGAAAGGAAGCCUUUUGAUGUACAGCGUGAGAAACCAACUAACUGUGCUGCUUCAACAGAGAAAAUCUAUAUCAGGAAGGACUUAAGAAGUCCUCUAAUAGCAACUCCGACUUUUGUAGCAGAGAAAGAUGGAGCUAGAUCAGCAGGUCUUCUAGAUUCAGGGAUGCUUGUCAAUAUUCAGCAGCCAGUAAUACGAGAUGAUGGUACGGUACUGCUGGCUACAGAUUCCAAGGCUGAAACUAGCCAAGGUGCCUUGGGAACACUAGCAAAUGUUGUAACAUCACUUGCCAGCAUCAAUGAGUCGCUUAAUAAUGGGGACACAUUGGAAAUCAAGCAAGAAGACCAAUCUGCAAGUGAGAUCACUCGGGCAUUUGACACUUUAGCUAAAGCACUUAAUACUGCAGAUGGUACAGCAGCUCAGAAUGCAGAAGAUGGGAUGGACCCUACAGGUGGUGGGAAUAUUCAUGUAAUCAGUAGGGAUCAGUCUACUCCAAUAAUUGAAGUUGAAGGACCCCUGCUUACAGAUACCCAUGUGACAUUUAAGUUAACCAUGCCUAGCCCAAUGCCAGAGUAUCUCAAUGUUCAUUACAUUUGUGAGUCAGCAUCGCGGUUGCUUUUCCUUUCCAUGCAUUGGGCGAGAUCUAUACCUGCUUUUCAAGCACUAGGGCAGGACUGCAAUACAAGUCUUGUGCGUGCCUGCUGGAAUGAACUAUUUACUUUAGGCCUUGCACAAUGUUCACAGGUGAUGAGCUUGUCCACUAUCCUGGCAGCUAUUGUCAACCAUCUGCAAAACAGUAUACAAGAAGAUAAACUUUCCGGGGAUCGAAUAAAACAAGUGAUGGAACACAUCUGGAAACUUCAGGAGUUCUGUAACAGCAUGGCUAAACUUGAUAUUGAUGGAUAUGAAUAUGCUUACCUUAAAGCUGUAGUCCUUUUUAGUUCUGAUCACCCUGGACUGACAAACUCCAGUCAAAUAGAAAAAUUCCAGGAGAAAGCUCAAAUGGAAUUACAAGAUUAUGUUCAAAAAACAUAUCCAGAAGACACCUACAGGUUAGCCCGGAUUCUUGUCCGCCUACCAGCACUUAGACUGAUGAGCUCCAGCAUUACAGAAGAACUAUUUUUUACUGGGCUCAUUGGAAAUGUUCCAAUUGACAGCAUCAUCCCUUACAUCCUGAAAAUGGAGACUGCAGAGUAUAAUGGCCAAAUCACAGGUUCAUCCUCCUAGAGAAGAGAACGGUGAAUCUAGACAUCUCUAAGUAACCAUAUUUCACUGUUAAUGUGUACAGAUGUUUCCAACAUAUUUCAUGUUCUUAUUAGUUAUUUGUCUAUAUUCAAAAACACAAUAAGGACUUCUGUAAAAACCUUUUCUAGGAUUCAUUUCUGUCAGAAGAAAUGUUUAAAUAUCUUUUUCUGAAAAGACUAUAGUGCAUUGCUGAACAUAACUUUAAGAUGCUUUUAUUUACAUGUUGCUAGUGAGCAAAGGGGAAAAAAGGUUCUAUGACACCAUAAUCCUCAUUUAAAUAGCAUUGAAUUAGUAACCCCAAUUUCAGUGGAAGAUUUGCAAGUUUAUGGUUGGCCUCCUCUCUCAAAAACCAUUGCUAAGACUUCCAGUUCAGCAUGAUGGGUUCUAGCUGGCAGAGAAAAACUGUCUCUCCUAUAGAUAUGUUGUGUUGUGUUAAAAGGUAUUGAAAAUCUUUAAAUGGCUAUCGAAAUUACUGGGGUUACCUGCACUUUUCAAGUAUUUCUAGUUAAAUAUGUGGCAUUGACAUUGUGCAAGCAGUGCCUUGUUUGUAUGAGCAGGGUAAAUGAAUAGUAGCAUUUAAACUACAGACACAUACUUGUGAUUAGUACAAACACCUGAAGAACUGUGGAAGACAAUCAUUUAUUCUAUGGAUUUAAAAUUGUAUGUGUUUAUUAGUCAUGUGAUCCUUCCCAGGAUAUUUCUAUACUGUGUUGAAAUUAAAGCCAGCUAAAUUAAUGUAAACAUUUACAGUUAACAUAAACAAAGCAUAAUAUUUAUGGCCCAGCUGUCGGCUUAAUAGAUGGUGUAGAACUUAACUCAUAUUGGUAAACCACAUACUAACAUCUCAUUUUUUUUAUCAUGGAAAACUAUUCAAAUUUUAUAAGGUUCAGUAGCUGCCUGUACUACAAUUUGCUAGUUUGGGGAGUUGUCUUUAAUGUGGGUGCAUUCAACACAGUUUUAGUAAUAGUUGUGUUCUCAUUCUUACCUAUGUGUACACUUUAAUUUCAAAGCUAUUUUCUCUAAGGAUUAAGAAAAACAUUCUGGCAGCAAAAGCUGUUUAAUACAGAAUAGGCUGCCUCGGAGUAUGGUGGAGUCUUCUUCUCUAGAGGUUUUUAAACAGGCUGGAUGGCCAUCUGUUGGGAGUGCUUGUGUAUUCCUGCAUGGCAGAAUGGGGUUGGACUAGAGGACUCUUGUGGUCUCUUCCAAGUCUGAAUCUGCUGAGGCUUGAGAAGACUGACUGACAUAAUCCUGCAUUGCAGUGGUUCCUGCAAAAAGUGGGGGUGGGUCUUUUUCUAAUGUCUUGCAAUCUACUGUGUCAUAGCCUGAACCACUUCAUUGAUGGUAUUGUUCCUUUGCAGACAUGAUUUAUGGGGAGAGGCAUGGAUUGAAUGUCUAUAUUCCCCCCUUCCCACACACACUCACACUCACAUAAUUAUGUGUGUUUUGUGUGGCAUGGUCCAUAUUGACAUUUUCAUACUGUAGUUAAGUUUGAAAUUGAAAAUGUAGCGGUUGUCAUCAACUAAGACAGCUUUAAAAGAGGAUUAAACAAAUCUACUAAGGCUUACCAUGGCAACCAGUUAUGUAGGUAUUUAUUAACAUCCAGGAUUAGAAAUGAUAUGCCUUGGAAAUCCAGUUGUUAGAGAAUAUAAGUGGGAGGGAGCCAUUCCAUUCCUGUCCUGUUUAUAGGCUCCUGGUUGUCAUCUGCUUGACCAUGAUUUGGACAGAGUGCUGUUGGUCUGAUCCAGCAUGACUUUUCUUAAGAGAAAACACAUAUAAAUAAUAGUGGCAAAAUAGACUUCUUAGUUAUUUUCAUACAUUCCAAAAUAUAAAAGAUUUUAUUUGUACACUAAAAUUAUCUCUGUAUAGGAAAAUACCAUGAAUGAAGGGAACAAUAAGAGAAGCUUAUCGGAAUCUAAAUGUAAUUGGAGGGAUAAAAAAUGUUUCUGUCUUGGCAUUUCAUCAUAUAUUUUUAAGCUUACCGUUUUUUAUUUGUUCUCUAAUUUUUAGUGUGAAAUAGUAUGUCUUUCCUUUGUUUCAAACUGGUCACAGGAAAUAAUUUUACGCAGUCAUUUUUUAACUGCCAUUUGUUUGAAAGUAUAUUCCAACAAGUCUUUAUUAAGCAUUUGGGCAGCAUCAGAGGCCUUUAUGUUAGAUCCAGAUACAAUUUUAUUUAUACUAUCUAAGGCUAUUUAUUAAGCACACUUAACUUGGAAUCAAGUUUCUCGGAAAAAAGUAGGACUUAUAUGUAUAGGCUAAAAGCAUCAGCAUUUAAAACAGAUGUACUGUAUAGUCUGUCUGUUGCUAAAUCUUAACUGCAAUCCCAAGUGGAUGUGUAAUUAUGUAAGGCUGAAGCCUCAGUAAAUCACAGUUCCACUUGUGUAGCAACUGGCAAGCAAUUACAUAUGAUUUCCCCCGAGAGUCUGUCACGCUCUGAGAAUAGGGGUUUUUUUAAUAUAGUUUGCUAUUAAUUCACAAGUCUGCAGGUAUAAUGUUUCUUCAAAACCCGUUCAUAACAUUGUUAUGGGACUGGGGAAUGCCAUUGGAGGGGAAAAACCAGACAUUUCAUAAUGUUUGCCCAAGCUCUCAAGCGCAAUUGAAAUAGUGCUUUGGAUCCUGGUCAUGUUUAUUUGUGUAUAUGAUGUUUAUGUACUAGGAUCGAACUUUGUCUAGUAUAUUAUGUACAGUGUAAUAUAAAGUGUGUAUGUAUGUAUAUAGAAAUAUGUACAGUCAUAUAAUCAUAAAUAUCAAAUUUCUAUAUGUUGAAAAUAUUAUAAAUGCAUUGCAAAUCUUGAGCUUCCUAAAUUUUAUUUCUUUCUCCAAGCUCAGCUCUGAUAUAAUUGUAUGCAUUCUCACUUUCUUCAGGAAAGUGGGCACCUGUUUUAAACGCAGGAUGUAUUUGCACUUUGUCUUAAAUUCAGAAAGGAACUAUUUAAUAGUUCUACAUUUCAUUUCUAAAUCCAUACAAGCCCUGUUGACAUGAAUGGACAUUGUGCAGUGACAGUGUCCAGGGGAUUCAACCUGUGGACCAUAAACAUUUCUAUAUAUUCUCAGCACACAUAAGAAGUGCUUUUUCUACUGUUCUGAAAAACGUUGUUUUAUACAGUCCUUUUUUAAGCAUGUGAAACUGUAUUUCUAAUGUCUGUAUCCCCCUGGAAGUUACUAAUUAAAGCAAGUAAGCCUGUCAUAACAGACUAUGUAGUUUUAUAAUGACACUGUCUUAUCAGUGUGUUAUGUAGUGUCAUAAAUAUCCAUAUGAACUAAGUCUUAUAUGAUUCUGUUAUCUUUUCUGGCAUAAGAAAACUUACUGAUAAAAGGAUUUUGUCUGUAUAUCAGUUUGUAAUGCAUAAUUUUUAAAUACAUUGCAUAUUACUGACACGAAGGAAUUUUAUUAUACAAAAAAAUGAAGACUUUAGGAGAAUAUUAAGUAGGGAUGGCCAACUGAUUGAACUGCAGCUCCCAAUAUUCCUUACCAUUCUCUAUACUGGCUAAGGCAGUUAGAGCAUCUAGUGUUUUAACAGCAUCUAGUGUUGUUAGUUGCCUAUUCCUGUGCUAAAACAAGUAGCUGGUGAUGACAGGCAGUGUUCUUUGUUUUUCCCUUCUGUAUUAUUUAUAUAGUUUUGCCUGCCUCUUUUCUGUAGAAAAAUAAUCUUGAUUUCAAAUUAGAUAUUUUAAUUACUCGAGACAGUUUCACAUACGCAUGAUCAUCCAGAAUGGAAUAUUCAACAUAUUCAUAAACAGAUCGAGAAAGAAGUUACCAUACUAAGUUUUCUUCAGCUAAACGUUUGUCAAGUAAAUGAAGGGCAACAAUCUUCCCCAAAAUUAUUUCUUCAGCAGCCCUGUUUCUCCCUCUUUGGUGUGUGUAUAGCAGGCAUGGGCAAACUUUGGCCCUCCAUGUGUUUUGGACUUCAACUCCCACAAUUCCUAACAGCCAGUAGGCAGUUGAAGUCCAAAACACCUGGAGAGCCGAAGUUUUCCCAUGCCUGGCAUAUAUGCAUAGGCAGUAUGUCAGAGCUUAGAAAAUAUGCAAGGUUUGUAUCUACACCUCCAGCUUGAACAACAUGGAGAGAAAGGGACAUACAGAUUCCUGCUUUCCCAUAAAGUCUUGACACGUUUUAUAAACUUUCAAAGGAAAAGCAGAGAAACCUACCUUUUGAAUUCAGUGAGGAUCAUUCCAGGUAGCAUAGGCAUUACAUCUGUUUAAUUAUCAGAGCAUGAUGUUUUCUGUUUCUUCUUGCCCUCUCCACUGAUACUGCCUAAGUAGUCACACCAUGAUCUUAAAUAGUAUAUGUUUUUUUAAGAUUAGCCUUGGUGAAUAUAGCAGUGCUGCCAAUAAAAAAUAUGUAGUCCAACACCUCCAUAAUCUUAUAGAGGUUCCAUAAAGAAUGUAAGAGUGUGCAGCAUAUUCCUUUAAAAUGCCCUGUUCAGAUGUUUGAGAAGUCAUCACAUUUACUGUCCAGUCUCCAUUUCAUAGCAUAUUUAAAAAUAUAUAAUUUUUUGUUUCAUCUGUAGACCAUAUGAAGCAUUUUUGCUAAUAAAACUCCAUUGUUUGCAGGUUCUCCAUUGUAAACUUAUUAUAAAGGUUCCCAUUCAGUGUAAUCCUAUAUAUGCUUACUCAGAAGUAAGCCUGAUUAAAUUUAAUAGCACUUAUUCCCAGGUUGAGUGUGCAUAUGGGAUUACAACAUUACUGUCAGUACCCAUUGCUUGUUUUUAUAUUUGAACAUGAAUGCAAAAAAUGAUUUUCCAAUUUUGAUAGUUCCUUAAUAAGUUAAGGAAAAAAUAAUUGUUUUAAAAGUCUUUCUAAUUUGAAUUUCCAAUAUUGGAAAGUUGUGUAACACAUCUUUUUAGUAUAACAUUAUCUCCCCCUCCCCAUGCUCCCGCACUAAAGGUACUAAGCGGAUAUCUGAUUCUAGUUCCAUGAAUAACUUAAGCAGUUUUAAGAAACUAACAUCCUUUUUGCUUUCUGUAUUGGAGCUUGGUAGGGGUUGAGAAAUUGAAAAUAUUGAAAUUGUAAUCUUACAAAAGGACUGGAGGAGCUUGGUGGGUCUAUUAUUCAAAUAGUUUCCACAUCCAUGAAACUCAUGUGUUGCUAGGGUAUGUAUAACCAACCACUAAUUCUAAACAUAAUGUCAUUGUCUUUGUUCUUACUAGUUUUAUAAAUAAAAAUUCCUCUUCAUAUAAACCCAUUCUACACAGUUGUAUGUGUUUGGAAAAUCCUGCCGGCUCAAAGCUCCUAUCAAAAUAAAUAUAUUUUCCACAAGGGAAUUGUCUGUGAUAAUUCCACGGGGUAUAUUUUGUAACCUUGUGCUUUUUAUUGUUUAUUAAGAUAUUGUUUGAAUAUUUCUUUGGAUUUCAGGUUCAAAACUUGAAAAUGCUGUUGCUCCCACGCCGUUUGUGAAACCAUUUUUGUAAAUGUGAAGGCAUUUAAAAUAGCAUGUUCCUUUUUUUAUCUGAAUUUUAUAUCUAAUCAGUGUCUUCAGUCAUGAAGAGAAAUUGCAUUGUUGUGUGUGUAUAUAGAGUAUUGCAGUGCAUGCUUAUGCAUUUCAUGAAAUGCUGUGUAAAUGUGGCAUUAUAUUGUUGUGGCUUAAUAUUGCUACCUACAGGAGAUUUAUACUAUUAAAAUAAAUAAAGACUCUUA